AAAUUAAAAAAAAAGCCUGGGAUCUAGGCCCCCCACCCCCCUUCUUAGGCGGCUCUCAUCAUCGACACCACCAAUCAUUUAGGCCUAGUAUAAGGAUACAAAGGAAUAAUGAAUGACAUAUCAUUUAAAAUCAAGCACUGCUGGGAUGGUACACCGGUUUCCCAUGAUGCAGUGCAAAUACGUCUAUCAGUUGGUGCCGAAAGUCCAGACAGUUUGCAGUUGACAGUGAAAGCACCAUUCUUCAAUGAUCCUGCACCCCCUGGUUUCAAGGUGGGAGGGGCCCAGGAACAGCUGUGGGAUUAUGAAGUUGUUGAAGCAUUUAUUCUGGGUGAAAAGGAUCAAUAUUUGGAGGUUGAACUAAGCCCGCAUGGAUGUCAUUUGGUUCUGAUGUUGAAUGGGUGUCGCAGCUUAUGGAAGGACAAGCUACCCCUGACUUUUUCGUCUGAGAUACACAGCAACAACACAUGGACAGGCCAGGCCUUUAUUCCAUUAUCCUACAUACCUCUAGGCCCUCAUAAAUUCAAUGCUUUUGCUAUCCAUGGUGUCGGGAGUGGUAGGACCUACGAGGCUCUGUAUCCAGCUCCACCGGGAAUGUACGACACACCUGAUUUCCACAGACUCCAUCUAUUCCAAGAUAUUCCUCAAGAUUUUCUACUUCAUGAACACAUAGCAUCUGAAUGGUCAUCUUUAUUUACAUCACUAUAGCAACAAGUUUGUGUUAUAUCGAAACAAACCAAUCACAGGAGACAGUACUAAUUAAA